ACCUCAGAAGUGUAUGCUAAAAUGGCUGUCAUAAAUUUUGUAAAAUUAAUGGUUCUCUCACUAUUCCUUACCUCAUCGUCAGUGCUUCUCGUCGAAGAAUUCCUAGACUUCUUCAACCCUUACUCGGUGGACGUGAAAGACCUAGACAAAUUCGCUGAAGAAGGACUAUGCCAUAAAUGCCCGAAGGUCUACCUUCCAGUGUGUGGAGAUGACAACCUGACAUACAUCAGCGAAUGUAGGCUAGCCUGCAUCAAUGUCCAUAGAUAUAAUAAACAGAACAAGACUGUCAAGAUGGUGCGAUUGGGGCCUUGUAGAGUCUUCCCUGAUGAUUAUUCUUAA